CCACAACCCUUCGACUCACUUCGGGGCUCUAAAACGCAACAACCGCCCUCUUUGUACUCCAUAUACUCUUUCUACGAUACCGGGGGCUCGGGUUUUAGGAGCUCGUCUAUCUCUUCCCUCACACCGACCCUGCCAUCCCAACACCCAAACUCUCUUCGAUACCCGUUUCCCACAAUGGAGGUCGACGCGCCACUCCAGUUUACACCCGCGCCUAAGAAUGCCGCAACCGUUCUUUGCGCCGACUGUGGCGCAGCUAUAGAUGGAACUCAGUCUGCGGGUGCAUUUUGCUACGAUUGCUUGAAGCUCAAGACCGACGUUACUUCAGGAAUCCAACGCGAAGCUACUCUCCAUCAAUGCCGAGACUGCGACCGCUGGCUGAACCCCCCUAUGUCCUGGGUCGUAGCCCAGCCUGAAUCAAGAGAGCUGCUCGCGCUUUGCCUCCGAAAACUACGAGGCUUGAACAAGCUACGCAUCAUAGACGCGAGUUUUAUCUGGACAGAACCGCAUUCGAGGCGCAUCCGCGUAAAGAUCACGGUCCAGCAGGAAAUCGGUGACGGUGCCAUCCUUCAGCAGUCUUUCGAGGUAGAAUACGUGCAGAACUAUCAGCAGUGUCCGGAUUGCGCGAAGAGCUACACACACAAUACUUGGCGGGCUUGCGUCCAGGUCCGGCAGAAGGUGCCGCAUAAGAGGACGUUCUUGUAUCUGGAGCAAUUGAUCCUGAGGCAUUCGGCGCAUAAGGAUACGAUUAACAUCAAGGAAUGCCACGAUGGCAUCGAUUUCUUCUUCGCCCAGCGGAACCACGCUGAGGGAUUUGUGGAUUUUCUCAAGGCCGUGGUGCCUGUCAACGUCAAGAAGUCGCAAGAACUCAUCUCAAUGGACAUCCAUACUAGCACCAAGUCCUACAAGUUCUCCUACUCUGCGGAAUUAGUUCCUAUCUGCAAAGACGAUCUCGUAGUGCUUCCGCUUCCCCUUGCACGGAAAAUUGGCAACAUCACGCCAAUGACGCUUUGCUACCGUAUUGGCACGUCCCUGAACCUCAUGGACCCCACUACGCUUCAGACGGCAGAUGUAGACACCGCUCUCUACUGGCGGACCCCGUUUCGGCCUCUUGCGGACGUACAGGACAUGGUAGAGUUCAUUGUUCUGGAUAUUGAACCCCUGGGCGCGCAGAAGGGCCGGUUUUUCUUAGCCGAAGCAACGGUUGCCCGAGCAAGCGACAUGGGCUCCAAUGACAGCACCUUCUACACGCGCACACAUCUAGGCGGGAUCCUGCAUGUCGGCGACUCUGUCAUGGGAUACCACCUCUCGGGCACGAAUUUCAACAACGAUCUCUAUGACAAGCUAGAAGAGUCCAAAAUGGGGUCCAUGAUCCCGGAUGUCGUGCUGGUGAAGAAGCACUACAACCGGUCCAAGAAGUCCAAGAACAAGCGCAACUGGCGUCUCAAGCGCAUGGCCAAGGAAGAGGGCGAGAUGCUGCCCAGGAAACAAGAUCAAGAGCGUAUGGAGCGCGAUUUCGAGUUGUUCCUCAGGGAUGUGGAGGAGGACGCCGAGCUGCGGGCCGGCAUGGCGCUGUACAAGGCGCAGCAACAGCAGCAGAUGGCCGAUGCUAUGGACACGGAAGAGAGCGAAUUCGCAGAGGAUGAGGGCCUUGCGAUUCCGAUGGAGCAGUUGCUCGACGAGCUGGAGGAUAUGACGAUGGAGGGGUAGACCUGUUGGUUUGCUUCCUCACUAUCUCGUUACUAGCAUUGGCAUGACUGCAUUUACGUCGGCGUUGGUGGAGGAACGGCAUCCUCACAUUUUGCGGAUAUGUACAGCGAUGGCUUAGACAUCGUGUGGGGACUGUUUCACAGUGAGCAAAAGUUUAUAAACAAUUUUCCCCAGCUUUGCCGCUGAUGGAAAUAUAUAGUGUGUUUAUGGCGAUGUUUCAUCGAUUGAAUGAUCUAAAACCGCCCAAUGGGGCGACCUUGACUAAAAGUGGUCAGGCCAUCAAACCUGUUUUAGGCAGUCUGGAGGAGUGGAAACCUGGGAAUACGAGGCGGGUGAAGACCCGAGUUGGAGGCAAAGACAAAC